UUCCGUCCAGUGUUUUUUUUUAACGACUUUUUAUAAUUUUUCUGUUGAUGGUGCGCUGAAUGCUUUGCAGAAGUUUGUAAAUAAAAAGUUCUGUUAAUUUCAGUGUAUAAAAAUGUGGACUGUGUUAAGUUUUAAUUCUUAAAUUUAGUUAUUUAAACUCGUAGAUUUUUGAUAGUUUAUCAGAAUAUUACGCAGGAUUUUUCGAUAUUAUGUACAUAAUAAAAUAUUUUAGCUGUUGAAGUACACUUUUAUAAGGAAGAUGGAAAGCGUGACCCAGGCCACUCUCCUCAUCGCGAUUUCCCUAUUAUUUCUGGGACAAAGUCGUGUCAGAGGAUUCGAACCACAGUCAGAUAUCGGCUACCCAGCAGGGCUUAUACCUGAAUGUCCAGGUGUAACGAAGAAUGCGAGCAUCACCCCGGUAACGAUGAAGAUGUUGCAGAUCAUCGUGCAACGGGUAUCAGAUAAAGGCCAGGUGAUAAGGAAGCAGUUCCCGAUCCUAACCGCGCACAGAAACAUUGCUAAGGAUAAGAGCAUAGAUUUCAAAAACCGGAAGACAGUCCUGUACGCAGUCGGUUUCUUGGACAGUUCUGUCUUUCCGCAGAGCCAAGCUGUCGGAAACGCCUACUCGAAACGUGGCUACAACGUCCUCAUUACUGAGACUUUUAGCUUCCUAACGUAUAUAUAUCCCAAAUCAGCCCGCCUUACAAGAUACAUCGGUAAGAAAAUAGGUGAGUUUCUGGUUAAACUGAUGGAUUACGGACUCGAGGCCGAAAAUUUAGAAUUAGUUGGUGCAAGCUUAGGAGCUCACGUCGCGGGUCAUGCAGCAAAGUACAUCUACGCAGCCACAGGAAAGAAACCAUCAAGAAUAACUGGCCUAGAUCCAGCAGGACCCUGCUACAGGGCACUCCCUCCAGCAGAAAGACUUGAUAUAUCAGAUGCAGAUAGAGUUGAUAUAGUUCAUACAAAUAUUGAUGGGUUUGGUAUAGCGGAACGCUUAGGACAUAUAGAUUUUUACGUAAACGGAGGGGAGUUCCAACCAAGUGACAUUCCAUACAUACCCUGUUUAGUUCUUUGUAGUCAUAUACGUGCAAUCUUAUACUGGUGGCAAGCUAUUGAGCACCCAAAGAAGUUUAUAGCUGUCCAGUGCGAUAGUGUGCAGGAAGCUAGAUUCGCUAAGUGCUAUAACAACACUAAAGUUAACUAUCUCGGUUUGGCAGCUGACUUUAGGAAGCCAGGUAUAUAUUAUUUGCAAACUAACAAUGAGUUUCCAUAUUUUAGAGGGAAAGAUGGAUUGAAGGAGGAAAAUGAGAUAUAUCUAUCUGUUAUUAGAAAACUUAAUUCUGAUGAUGUUUUUCAGGUAUAGAAAGUUUACACUGUAACUAGAUACUACUUCAUGAAUUGAAGUAAGUAAAUAGGAAAUAAUGAGUUAAAUGUACUUGUUACAUUUAAAUUAAAUUUGAACUACGUGAUUUUUAAUAGAAUACAUUAAGUAGUAAUUUAGACAAAACGAAUUAAUAAAAUUAUGUAGCUGCCAUAAAAAAAAAACAAAAAAAGCCUUUGGGCCGGAAUACAAAUUUAUGUAAAUAUAAUAAAGGAAAUAAUUAACCUAAUUUAUAGUUCAAACAAUUUUCCGCAAUUUUUUGCCGGCUGCAAAAUAGAAACUUAUGGAGCGUCACAUUCAACGAAUGUUUUUAGAGAUACACAUACAAAUGAUGUAUAUCUGGUGAAACAGAAGAUGAAACCAUUAAAGUAGUCGAAUUAAUUAAGUUAAAUACACAAUAUAGUCCUAGUUAGUAACUGUAUGUAAAUAUACUGAAGAUCAAUGCAUUGAAAACUUGA